AUGCUUCCCAUUGCCUUAAAUCUAGACAGCAAAUCAACUCCAGGUACAUCCUCAGAAAAUCUCACAGAUCCCAGCCAGGAAAAUGGGAAGAAACCAAAUAAAUCACAUCAGUUGAAGAAAAUUUUUAAGGAAUAUGGAGCUGUUGGAGUAACUUUUCAUAUUGGGAUUUCUUUGAUAUCUCUGGGAAUGUUUUAUCUGGUUGUGUCAAGCGGAGUGGACAUGACCACUAUUCUCUUCAAGCUGGGAUUUGAUGAAGCCCUUGUGCGAUCCAAGCUAGCUGCUGGAACAAGCACUUUUGUAUUGGCCUACGCUAUUCAUAAACUGUUUGCUCCUGUCCGGAUCAGCAUCACUGUAGUCUCAGUGCCCUUUCUUGUUCGCUAUUUUCGGAAGAUAGGAUUUUUCAAGCCUCCGGCUCCAAACCCCUGAAAUUAUUCCCUGGAAUUAAAAAGGAUGCUCUC